GAUGUGCUAGACUUGAAAUCCCAUCUUUUCAUGUCCAUUGACACUGAUACUUGACAUGCCCCUUGCUUUUGUUCAUGUCCUCUUUAUUUGACCCUCUUCUUCUUUAAUCUUCAAUCUUGCAAGCUCUGUGCUUUAACCUUUGUUCAAGUCUUUGAGAAAGAUGGGUUCUUUUGGAGGUGAAGAUGCAGCAAAGAAGAGUGCAAUGUGGCUCUAUCCAAAGAUCAUGGGCUCUAAUCCCCCUGAGAGAUGGGGUCACUCAUCUUGCUACUCUAAUGGAUUCAUCUAUGUUUAUGGGGGAUGCUGUGGAGGUUUGCAUUUCAGCGACGUGCUUGUGCUAAAUCUUGAUACAAUGGCGUGGAACAAUCUUGUGACCUCAGGAACGAGUCCUGGGCCAAGAGACAGCCAUAGUGCAGUUCUUGUUGAGAACAGGAUGAUAGUAUUUGGGGGCUCUAAUGGCACAAAAAAGGUGAACAGUAUUCAUAUAUUGGACCUUGGAACUACAGAAUGGUCGCAGCCCAUCUGUCAAGGCGUAGCUCCUUGCCCUCGCGAAAGUCACACUGCCACACUGGUUGGUGGCGAUAAAUUACUCAUAUUUGGUGGAAGUGGAGAAGGUGGCGCAAAUUAUCUGAACGAUUUGCAUGUUUUAGAUCUUAUAGCUAUGCAGUGGACUUCACCUGAAGUAAAGGGAGAUGUUCCUAUUCCACGGGACAGUCAUAGUUCUGUGGCAGUAGGAAGUAAGCUUUUUGUGUAUGGUGGCGAUUGUGGUGACCGUUACCAAGGCGAUGUUCAUGUGCUUGACAUUGAUACCAUGACUUGGGCAAAGUUGGGUGUUCAAGGACCCUCGCCAGGUAUUCGAGCAGGUCACACUACAGUAAAUUUCGGAACAAAAGUAUAUGUAAUUGGUGGUGUUGGUAACAAACAUUAUUACAAUGAUGUAUGGGUACUUGAUACAUGUUCUUGUUCGUGGAAUCAGCUUGAAAUAUGUGGCCAACAACCACAGGGGAGGUUUUCUCAUACAGCUAUCGCAACAGACACCGACAUAGCAAUUUAUGGAGGAUGUGGAGAAAAUGAACGGCCUUUGAAUGAGUUUCUCAUCUUACAGCUUGGAGCUGAACAUCCAAAUGGCCGUUAUAACAUUUCCAUUUGCAAAAAUUUUGGAAGACAGUUUAAUCAGGAUUUGAAAAUGUCAAAGGAAGAUUCACAUAACAAACAGAAAACAACAAUCUUGGGUGCUAAUCUGAAUUUUAUAAGGAAUAAAGCCAGAGAAACUGAAUUAGAGUCUAAGCUCUCGUUACAGUUAAAUGCAGAUACAUUGCAUCGUAAGCGAAGAAAAUCGAUCAAUUCAAGAAUAUGCGAGAUAGAAUCAGAGCCAGAGGAGCAUUCACUUUCUCUCUCCCAGCAUUCAUCUCCGUCUCAAUCUGAUCAAGAUCAAAAUCAUGUUAACAGAGCAACUAGUUCUGUUAAAGCAUCUCAAUUAUUUCCGUUUAUAAAGAACCAAAGUCCAGUUUUAAGCAAUACUCCAUCGGAUCAUGUCCCUGGUAACCGACAGAAGUCGAGAACCAUGAUCAACAAUCCUCCACAAGAUUUAUAUGUGUUAGGAGAACGUAUGAAUCAUCCAAAUCCUCUAUCAUUUCAUCGUGGUGUUCGCAAUGGUAGACAUGAAGCACCUUAUGUAGCUGCAGAAGUUAAAUCAUCAGAAGCACCUCAUUUUCAAAAUGUGAUUGGAGCUGAUGUUCAAGGCAAAGUCGAUGGUGCUUUCGACUCGGGCUAUUUGAUGACUGCAAUGGUUAAUGGAAGAGUAUUCCGAGGGGUUUUGUUUGCUCAGGGACCUGAAGUUAUUUCAAGACCUGCUGCUACACACAAUCAGCAAUUUUUAUCUUCGCCAAGACAGAUUAUCCGACCAACAAACUCACACGUCAGUCACUUGAGCUCCUUAUUUCCGAAGCACUCACUGCAGCCUGUAUCACUACAUUCAUCGGAGCCAGUUCAAAACUUACGACAAACGCACAUGAACAGACCAUCUCCGGUUGUCCAGAGCACGGCAAACAGAGAUAUGAACAUCCGCAGUGAACUGCAAGGCGUGGUUCUUACCCUAGGAGGUCCAGGAAGUAUUGGCAGCUCCUAGAUAAAUAGAAGCAUGCUGGAACUAGUUGCAUGCUUCCCAGAACGCCUCAGCUGAUAUUAUCUCUGAUCAACACUUUGUAUAUAUGAGAUGAACAUGUGUUCUAAUCUUUAUCUUAAUGCUACUGGAUCUUGUAUGCA